AUGACGUCUACGGCAGAUUACUCGGACAUCAAGUUCGAAAUCAAGAACAAGAUCGGAAUAAUAACUUUCAACCGCCCGAAAGCGCUGAACUCCUUCGGCGGCAACAUGGUUCCGGACAUCAUCGCCGCGCUGCGUGUGCUGAAUGAGCACCCGGAGACCAUCUUCACCGUGAUAACGGGCGAAGGGCGGUUUUUCUGCGCGGGCGCGGAUGUCAAGGCCUUGGGGUCAGAUACGGUAUUGUAUAAGAACGUUGGGGAGAAGAAGAUUGCGCUUACGGGGCGGUUUACCUCUGCACUCGAACUCCUCCGUUCCAUGAUCGACCACAAAAAGGUCCUGAUCCUUGCUCUCAACGGCCCUGCAGUAGGCGCCGGCGCCGCUUGGUUUCCCGGUAUCGCUGAUAUCGUGCUUGCGUCCUCAACUGCAUGGCUGCAGUGCCCAUUUAGUGCUUUGGCCCUCGUGCCCGAAAACGGAUCGGCCUUGUCCUUUGCGCAACACAUCGGUAUCCACCGCGCCAAUGACUUUCUCAUGUUCGGGCGCAAACUAUCCGCGCAGGAGCUGCUGGACGCAGGAAUGUAUAACUACGUAUGGGAUGCCACUGGCGACGCAUUCCAGACCAAGGUGGUGGAGUUUCUGGCGGGGCAAUUGGAGGUCAACGAUGGCAAGAGUAUGAUGGAGAUGAAGCGGUUGCAGAAUGCUCCGAUACGAGAUGCGAGAAUGAUUGCAGUGGUGAACUCGAUUGACGCGUUGGCGGAGCGGUUUGUUGAAGAUGCGCCGACGAAGCGGUUUGAGGCGAAGAAGAAGGCGAUGGAGGAGAAGAGCAAGGGCAAGUCGAAGCUUUGA